AUGUCGUCCCCGGCCACCGCAUUUUCUUCAGCACACAGACUCUAUGUCAAGUCCCUCUACAGACGCUCCCUCAAGAAUGCCUUAGACUGGACCAUUAGACGCGAUCUUUGGAGGGCGGAGGCCAUGCAAAUCAGAGCCGAGUUCGAGGCCAACCGAGACAUACACGAUCCCAGGUUGCUUGCCCGAGUUUUGGAACAGGCUGAGGCCCGUCUGGCCGAGUUCAAGCACCCUGACCCAGUUAUUGCACCGACCGCUCCCGGUGGUACGAAAUGGGAACGCAACCUACCGCCUAGCACAGCACCAGUGUACGACCACGAGGCGGGGGGACACCACUAG